UAUUACCACUUUGUUCUUGUUGAACGGUGGCGAUGCUGGUAUGCACUUAAAAAUUCGUCCUUAGGAGUCCUCUGAGAGUGGGAAGCGGGGUCAGUGACAGUUGCGUUGUCGUUCUAGCUUCUUUCAGCCCGGCUGUUCGACAGCUGCCCUUGGAAUGCGAGCCAGACAGUGUCCUUUACCAGUACUGCGUUGCAGAACUGCCGAAGGACAAAAGCGUCUACUGGACAAGCAGACGGCGAUUAAGUCGAAGUUUUUUUUUCAGCAACUGAGAAAUGAUGUCUAAAGGGUGGCCGUGCCGUCUUCCAUUUCCUUAUUGGCCCGUCGAAUAGUACGUCUGAUAUGGUGGUAAAACGGCAAUCCCGGAAACGGUCUUGAGUGACUAGGUCGUCUGGUUGCGUACAUUCUUUUGGCACCGGUAGCCUUGUGUUACGGCGACGGGUUACGGUUAUAGACUCGACCGUGGACAACAUGCUAAUCUGAGAUCUCAACUCGGCGUUCAAAAUGGGAGGGCUUUCUGAUGGCGGCGUCCCCCGCCAAUGUCACGAAGGAACGACUGGCUCGCGCUCGAGCGUUUAUUGCACAACAGUGGGCCCGAGAACGACAGCGGCCUCCAAGCAGGAUCAGGAUUUCCCAGUUCUAUGGCGGCAGUUUGAGACUUUCCUGGUCAAGAGGUUCAUAAGCGAGCCAGAGCGGCUCAUAUCCUUCACUAGUAUCGUUGCUCAUUACGGCACACAAAGUUUGCGGGCUGAAGAACUUGCUUUUCUGGUGGGACAUUACUUUUCAGAUUGCCCUGAGGUCCUUCUGUGCUUCUCCCUGUUCUUGCCUGACGGAAUUGUUCUUGACGCCGGAAGCCCGGCUGCGGCCAUGUGCGCACUAAUACAGAAUGUCGCUCCAGACAAAUACAUUAUUUUCAGCGGAAUUCUGAAAACCUGUGUCAGCCAGACACAUGACAGAGGAAGCAGGGAUCUGCUUCUUCAGAAGAUGCAGGCUCUUUUCCAUGGCCAUCGUCUUGUCACCCGAGGACUGAGAAAACUUCUCGUACAGCAAUUUUGCAUUGAGAGAAAUAGUGGACUUCAUUUUGCCAACAAACCGGUCGAAGUUCUUCAGCCUCGAGAUGAUGAUCCUCUACAGUUGCAUUCUAUCUAUAACAUGACCUUCCAGGUAGCCCUUCUUGGGGGAGAUCGAAGUCGCGCUUGUGCGUUAGCGUCAAAUGUAUUACAUUUGACCCGACUGUAUAUUCAUGGGGCCUUGACCUUCGAGCAAGUCAACGAUGAACUGGACAGGAUAUGGUGUGGGUACCCGGGCUGGCGUCAUGUUCUUCGCUUGAAGGAGUUGAUAUUAUCCGUUACCCAAGAGGAUUUCGAGAAGAAUCAUCGAGUCACCAUGCUCAUGAAUCUUUUGGAUGGUAAAAAAGCUCGGUAUCCGCACUUUGCCACUGACGGCCUCAGGGUCGUGUGUGAGCUUUUCCUUCAAGAUUUGGAAAAUCAGUCACCGAGUCUUCGCGUGGAGGUUGACCAUUUGGUGAAACGAUCAUCGAGGACGGCCUCUCCUCCCGCGCCUACGAUGCAGCGGUUGGCUUCGUUACUUGGAAAGCAUUCACAUAGUUGCGAGAAGCUUGGGGUCCUCACACGGCUUGCCAUUGACAUCAGGACGAAGGGUUCUUACAGUUAUAGGAAGCGGGCGAGGCGGGAUUUCGAGGAUCAAGUGUCUGACAUUUUUCGGGAGAGGAGCAUUAAUCAGAAGAAAGCGAAGACUGACAUGGCAGAGGCCUCUGCGGCAGCCGCUGUGGCAUCCGGAUUUAUAACCGACUACAUACCGACCCUUCUGCAGUCUACCGCAGAAACUCUUGCUCCUUUUAUUGUUCCGGCCCGAUUUCGGAGCCAGCAGCUCCUGAUGCAGCUCGUUGGACCGAAAUGGUUUUCAGUGAUUUAUAUGAUUCUCGACGAAUGGAACGACGGCCUCUUCACCAAGGAACAAGCGAUGGAUUCACUGACGUGCAUUGCUGGCUCUGACUCUAGGGCACGCAACGUGCUGCGCCCUCUUUUCACUUUGCUGGAAAGCAAGAAGGGCGCCAGGCAACGCCAUAUGACGGGCUCCCUCAGUCGCCAGUUAUACGACAUGUGGGAAAGAAGAGGUUCUUCCUAUCGGCGGCUGCCCCCUGACUGGCCUCUGCUUGAGUGUAGCGGCCGGGAUGCACUCUGCUGGGAAGUCUUCAAUGACAGUUGGGCGUCCAUUCCAGAUAGCUCUGAGAGUCAGGCGCGAUUCACGAAUCGCCAUGAAGAGCAAUUGCUUCUCUUAGAAGACACGCGCUAUGAAUGGGAUCUCCGAAUUGGGCGACUGGAGGCGACGCUUCGACGCCUGGAACACAUCACAGAGCAACUGACAAUGAUUGCUCCAGAGAGACGCCAGUUCGCUACAGUUCGUGUUAGCGCCUUCAGCCAGCUGGAUGUGACCAUUCUCAGGACGAUCUUCGGACAGGAUGCUGAACAGGUCGUGUCCAGCAUUUGCUUGUCACCUCUGGCAUCAAUCCCGACUGUUCACGACACAAUGGUGGCUAAGCUCAAGCAAUGGCGCGCGAUGCGUUAUUUCCUCCAGCUAGGGUGGACGCAACAAGAGGCACCACACUGGGCCGGAGCAGUUGACUUCAAGAAGCGUUUCAUCGGUCGCUCGGGUACAGAGGAAGACGCGGGCCCUCUGGAUCACACGAGUUCCCGGCCAGCAGGACGGCCUGCUGACCGCAUGCACACGCUCAUUCGCACCGCUGCUGUUGCGCCUCACUCCAGUGAAGCGCGGUUGUUAAUGCCGAGCUAACGAGAUGUGAUAACGUUUCUUGUGCCACAGAACUCUCCACAACGAUGGCAACCGCGCGUUCGUUCGUCUUUUUCACGUUGUCUUUUGCUUCUUCCUUUUCUCUCUGAUCCUCGGGAUAGUUAUUUUGGUCGGACACCGCAAGACCAUGAACUUGGCUGGAGUGGUACCAGGGACUGCUCGUUUCUGCGCGGAGUGAUGCUCUGGAACGACUUAAGAAAACUUAAACACUUCGGUUGGAAACUCCGAGAGAUUCCGGUGUUCAAGUACUGGCCUUUUUUUGGAUGGAAUGCUGCUAUUAGUAACGGUCGCAUAGCCGAGUCGUGCAUUGAGGAUACACUCGUGGUUGACUGCGUUUGUAAAGACCCUGACGGCAUGCAUGCA